AUGCUUGAACUUCUUUUGAAGAAUUUGCUUGGCAGACGUAAAAUUUUCUCCGAAAGCGUCAGCCUCUUCUUCUAUAAAGGGGGCUACUAUGCUUUUGGUUCCUCACCUGCAAACCUCUCUCUCUCUCUCUCCAUGACCACUGCUAAGGAGACUUUGCUUCUCACAGCCCUUUGCUUCCUCCUUGUAAUUCAGUUGCAUAUUUACGGUGGACUGGGGAUUACAUAUGAAGAGAACGGCAUAGACUGUUCAUCCGCAUGUGACUACCGAUGCAGCAAGGCGUCAAGGCAUAAGAUGUGCAUUAGGGCGUGCAACACAUGCUGCGAGAGAUGCAACUGUGUCCCACCAGGAACGUCAGGGAACUGUGAUGUGUGCCCCUGCUAUGCCAACAUGACCACUCAUGGUGGUAGACACAAAUGCCCCUAAACUUCCCUGCUGCAAAAUGGAUCCAUUAUUAGA